AGCAACGAACACGCAUUCACACAGGGCUUCUUUUAUUGGUCAAAACGCAAGGAAUAUAGUGUCAUAGCAUGUCUAUCUUUGUUCAAUAUUACAUUGAGGAGUUGCUCUUAGAUGUCAUUCAGCUAACUGGAGCAUGAUCAAUCAUCAUAUAGCGAGAAAUCAUUCCGUCAAACGAGUUUCUUCAAAGAAAAAUCGAAUUCAACCCUAUAACAUCGCCGGAUCUUUUUUCGGUAAGCUCUGCAUGAGUAAAAACAUGGAAACCUUUGUGGAAUUGGGCAUUGCCUUUCGAUCUUUGAUCAUGGUGGCUGGGAUUCUAGGCAACAUCCUCAUCAUCCUCGUUUACGUUCGUAAACGCAUCCGAACCAGUACCGACGUGUUUAUCCUGUCUCUAGGUAUAGCGGAUCUAUCUGUGUGCGUUGCGAUGCCUUUGAAGAUCUUUGCGUCGUACAACCGUAGUUACACCAAUUCGGGUCUAUGUAAAAUCACGCACUACUUUUCCCUCAUCGGAACGUUUUUGUCUAUGUUUCUAACUCUAUGUAUUAGCAUUGAUCGCUACUUUGCUGUCUGUCGUCCUUUGUUAAAGAAGAAAAUUGUGACACCAAGUCGUGCGCUGAAGAUGGCUGUUGGGUGUUUACUGUUGGCAGCAGCUGUAGGUUCAGUGGCACUGUUCUCAGCUGGCAUAAGACGUGCUGGCCCUGUUUCGAUGUGUAGUAUACAUGCUUCAUAUGUGAACAUCAUUCAUAAUUAUAGCUUUUUGAUACUUGGAUUGUACUGUGUGUCUCUCUUUUUGAUCAUUCUCAUCUACAUUAAAAUAUACAAAACUUUACGGAAUAAAGCAUUAAGUCUUAAAAAGUGGUCCCUCCGAAAUAGGCCUAAUGUUUCGAAUAUGAGAGACAUUUGCGGGAAGAAAGUGCAUGCCCCGCACAAACGUGGCCUUCUGAGUAAACUAAACACUUUCAAAGGUAUUAAGAAAGUAGACUCUUUAGGAACUCGCGAGGCUUGGAAGCCAGAGAAUGCCACUGAUCUUCAUGAACCUGGGACAUCAGGUACCGCUGGGACAUCAUCAGGUACCGCUAGGACAUCAUCAGGUACCGCUAGGACAUCAUCAGGUGAGAUAAAUGCUAACGCAUCGACUUCUACUAACCAAUCAAAAUACAGUACUGAUGGCACCCUCCCUCAUCCGUUCGGCUUGUCGAGUGAUCGAAAUAUCGACAAUGAUUUACAAAGAUGUAAGAAUAAUUACAGCGACCAACAAGUACCUCCACAUGAGAUAAGUAUUAUCUAUCGUUCAUCCAGUCAUCGAUCGAAGAACUCUUGUCGUCAUCUCCAGGGCUCAGUUCUUGCGUCCAUAAAUGAGCAUCGAAAGCGAAUGAAAGGAAACAACAUCUCCAAGAUGAUAUUUCUUGUAACUGUCAUCUAUUUCGUUACCUGGGUCCCGCUACUGGUAUUUCAGUGCUUACCAGCAACAGUUAUAAUGGCCCUGCUUACCAAAUCAGAAGCUGGUUUCACCGUCGUUUAUUUGCUAACCCUUGCCCUGAAUGUGAAUCAUUUCAUUAAUCCAAUCGUCUACAGCUUUGUGAACGUAAGAUUUCGCAGAGAAUGCAAGGCUACAUUUGAAAGGAUGAAACGCCUAGUGAUUAAUUGAUAACCAAAUAGAUCAAGAAAAAGUCAAGAUGGCAUGGCUGUAUGUUGUCAUGAACGUUGUCAUGAAGCAUAUAUUUUCGUUAAUAUUUAUUUGAAAUAUGUACAAUUUAUUCAAGAUACGCACAACCGUACUUGGCUUCAUUAAAUAAAUUGCAAUUUUUGUCUCGCCUACAUAGCAGAGCGAGACUAUAGGUGCCGCUUUACCGACGGCGGCGUCGU